AUGGCUAUCGAAAACAGCGUUAUUGUCCCCGCGUACCACGAACGCUUGAACAUCAAACCUUUGACGACGCGGCUUUUCGCCGCGCUCGGAAACGACCUGUCCAAGCAGACCGAGCUCGUUUUUGUCGACGACAAUUCCCAGGACGGAUCCGUCGAGGAGGUCGACGCAUUGCGCCAGCAAGGCUUCAACGUGCGCAUCAUUGUGCGUACGGACGAGCGCGGGCUCUCGAGUGCGGUGCUGCGGGGGUUCCGCGACGCACAGGGCCAAUAUCUCGUGUGCAUGGACGCAGACCUGCAACAUCCGCCCGAGAGCGUCCCCGCUUUGCUGACGUCGUUGCGCACGCAUGCGUUUGUGUUGGGAACGCGGUACGCGCCGGGAGUCGGCAUCGACAAGGACUGGCCUCUGUACAGACGUGUCAUCUCGUCGGGCGCGCGCCUCAUGGCGAGACCCCUCACGGUUGCGUCGGACCCGAUGAGUGGCUUUUUCGGGCUCCAAAAGAGGUACUUGGACGCGGCCCGGCCGGGCGACGUCAAUGCGCAAGGUUUCAAGAUCGCGCUGGACCUGCUCGUGAAGUUGCAAUUGCCCGCCCACAACGCGAUUGGAGAAGUGCCUUUCUCGUUUGGCGUGCGCACCGAGGGUGAGUCCAAGCUUUCGGGCAAGGUCAUGAUCCAGUACGUGCAACAGCUGCGCGAACUCUACGUGUACAAGUUUGGUGCCAACAAUCUGGUGCUUUUCCUGGUGUUCUGGGCCGUGCUGUGCCUGUACGGGCUCCGCCAGCUUGCGCUCGCGGCCCACGCGCUGUAA